AAGCUUCCGAAAAAUCAACUAUCCAACAAUUCUCACCUUUACAAGUGGUCUGAGAGCAGGUGUCGCAAACGAUGGAUAUCUUAAAGAUCCUGUCCCGAGGGACAAAGAAGUCUGCCAGUCAAUUAACAAUCCCAAAACCUAUUGCGAAACCUUCAACUCCCCAGCUCUUCAAUGACCCCACUCGAGGCGUGAAGCGUAAGAGGAACGAGGAGGCUGCUUCGACGCUAGAAGCCGACGAUGACCUCGAUGAAAUCAACUUUUUUGCGCCUCGAGCAGCUAAAAAGCCAAGCCCUGAACCCGAGGCUAAGACGGCCCCGAAGGAAGAUGCGCCAGCCCCUGUGCUUGAUGACGAAGAAGUCCGACAAGUUCUACGGUCGCAUCGUUUGAAGUUUACGCUACUUUCCUCCCACGAGGAAAAGAAGAAGAAAAAGGUGAAGAAGUCCAAAAAGAAGGAAGAAGCGAAGCCGAAAGCGAAGGAUAGUAAGAAGCAGCUAUUCCCGCAGCCGAUGACGUCGUUUUCGGAAUUGCGAUCCGCGUACAACAUUUCCCAUAGGCUUGGAGAGAAUCUCGCAAAGCAAGGAUAUAGAAUACCCACCGAAGUCCAAUUGGGCAGUUUACCUCUUUUGUUGCAGCCGGAUAGAGCUAUAUCCAAUUCUGCUGCCGAAGAGUUAAAUUUCAAAACCGAAAAUGGUAUUGAUUUCGUGGCGGUUGCGCCGACCGGCAGCGGCAAGACUCUUGCCUUUUUAAUCCCGGCCAUUAACAGCGUCUUACGCAGGAGGGCAGGCGAGACAUCCCUGAAAGAGCGUCUAUUGGAAGUGGUGGUUGUUGCGCCUACGCGGGAGCUCGCUCAUCAGAUUGUCAAUGAGGGUAGAAAACUAGCGCAAGGCACAGGAGUCAAGAUCGUGGGGAUGAAGAAGGGUAUGCAAAUACCUACGGAAGGCCAAGCAGCUGUUGACGAGGAGUCUGCCGCCGAGAGUGAGGACGAGGCAGAUAGUGCUGGUGAUGAUUCGGAGGGUGAGAGUGAGGGUGAGGGUGAACAGAAAAAGGCGACAAUAACGAAAACAGAUAUACUGGUGACAACGCCGUUACUUUUACGGAACUAUCUGAAAUCAAGGACAUUACCAACAGUCAAGUCGUUGAUAUUAGACGAAGCAGAUGUCCUUCUUGAUCCUCUCUUCCGCGAACAGACUCUGGGGAUCUGGUCUGCUUGUACUAGCGAAUCGCUAAGACUGACAUGUUGGUCUGCGACUAUGGGGUCUAGUAUUGAGGGGCUCAUCUUGGAACAACUGAAGUCUCGGGAGUCUCCUGAGAUCCCCCUCAUUCGUCUUGUUGUUGGAUUAAAAGAUACGGCAGUCCCAAGCAUUAAUCACAAACUCAUCUACACCGCUACCGAGCAGGGCAAACUCUUUGCGCUCCGUCAACUUUUACACCCUAAAUCUUCGGACGAUUCGAUGCCGCAGAUGCGGCUCCCCUUCCUAGUAUUCACACAAACGAUAGAGCGUGCUUCAGCGCUGCAUGACGAGUUGAAGUUUGAUAUACCUGCAGAAGCCGGAGGCUCGGCUCGUAUUGCGGCUCUCCACUCGUCCUUAUCAGACACGGCACGUUCUAAUAUCGUUGCUCGAUUCCGGGCUGGCGAGAUAUGGGUGCUAAUCACAACGGAUCUGCUCAUGAGGGGUAUCGAUUUCCGCGGUGUCAACGGUGUGAUUAACUACGAUGUCCCAACGUCUGCAGCAGCCUACGUCCACCGCGUGGGUCGAACCGGACGAGCUGGUCACGAGGGUGGUGUUGCUGUGACAUUUUACACCACCGAAGAUGUCCCCUACCUUAAGAGUAUCGCGAAUGUUAUCGCGCUGAGCGAAAAACAGGCCGGAAAGAGUAGUGAGGAGAGCGUUCCCAAGUGGCUGAUUGAUUCGUUACCUAAGGUUGGAAAGGAGGAAAAGAAGAAGCUGAAGAAGCACGGUGUUGAAUCUCGAAGGGGCGCUAAAGCUGCUAAGAUAACAACGCGAAGCGCGUGGGAGAGGCGCAAGGAGAAUAAUAGGCGGGGUGCAAUUGCUGGAAGUAAGAAGAGGAAGACGCAAGAAGUAGUGAAUGAUACCCAGGGGCAGGACGAUGGCGAGUGGGACGGGAUAGGAGACUGAGAUGUGUUGAUGUUGUUCGAAGCUUCAAGCUUGUACCUAUAUAGGGAGUUGUAUGCUAAGCUAGCAGGCGAGGUGCCUAAUAUAAACCCACCUUAAAUUUGGAACUUUCCUGAGUAAGGCGCAUACGUCGUAGGUACCUAGGUAGGUAUGUUAUAGAAGAAGAAUCAUUGGAUUUAAGAAGUAUAGGUAAGUAUAUGUUAUCAUGUGACAUAGGAUGGCAUAGUACCUAAUAUCAGAUC